AUGAAAAUUGCUCGUAUAACAAUAGAUUCAGUGGAUGCCAAGGACCUUUUGUCACACCUGGCAGAACCUGUAAUCCAUAAUGUCAUGACUUUCCUUCGUCGGAAAGAUGCUGUGAGAACCAGUACUCUGUCUAAAAAGUUCUUGUCACUAUGGCAUACCUUUCCGAUCAUAGACUAUGAGAUGGAUGAUAUGAGCAUAGACCUGAAACUCACAUAUGAUCAAAGCCUAUCAGAGUUUAUGAACAAUGUACAUUCAUCGAUUCAACUCCGAUUGAGAGGUGACGUAAGCUGGGAGAAAUUUAGAAUUCGUUGUCACAUGCCUUAUUUAACUGAGGAGAUUGCAGCUCUUAACAUGGGUGUUCAAAUCAAACAGUUCAUUGAUUUGGCAAUGCAGAAGAAUGUCAAAGUUAUUGACAUCAGUUGUGGCAUGAUGAUCAGGCAUUCUAGGGUCAACUUAACUACGUGUAAGUCCCUCAAAAGCAUCACAUUAGAGGGAGCACAUAUUUCUGAUGCAUGGAUUCAGAGACGUGUUUUUGAAUUGCCAAGACUUGAGAAACCCUCAGCUCGAGUACUUGAGAUUGUCGCACUACAGCCACUUGAUGUCUCAAAUUUAGUCACUCCAUGCAAGCUGAAAAAACUGGAGUUGUGUGGCUGUGAUGAGUUGCAGGAAGUUAAGGCAGAUACUCGAAAUUUGUCUUUGUUCGAAUAUCGUGGUGGUUUGUUAACAUCACCAUUAUCAAUUGAUUCUGCAAUUGUAAAUGCUAAGCUCUUCCUUGAACCCCAACACCCAAUCAGAACAGAUGAUGAACUUACAGCUUGGCUCCAUCAAAUAAGGGGAUUUCUGUUGGAGUCCCAUAUCGGCUGGGAAUGGUCUUGGUGA